AGUCGAGUUCAAGUAUUGUUCGAGAUCGGUUGAAUUCUAAUUUUUACACGGAAGAUUAUUUGAAAAAAUAAAAAAAAUGAGUUAUUGUUAUUAUUUCCUAUUAGCAUUUGUGGUAGCGCGUGCGCUGGCCAGCCCCUAUGGAGCCCCAUUGGCAGCUUGUUCAUCAAUGACACCAUUACACGGUUUCGACCCGCAAACUGAUGUAGAAUCGCCGUUCAUCAUUUUACCUUUAAUGAAUGAGAUCAUGCAAGGCACAAUUGUUAACCUUGCAUUAUCGACUAUGACGGACGAUUACUUCAAAGGAUUCCUUGUGAUGGCUUUUGAUAACUACGGCGAAACGAUCGGCACAUUUUCCGUUGAUGAGUAUGGCCAUUUGAUGAGUUGUCCACUUGUCCCUACGGAAGAAAUAAUGCAGUUACCCAUUUGACGAAAGAUGACAAAUCGUUCGUCCAGUUAAACUGGAUGGCACCGCCCUACUUUACCGGACCCGUUCACUUCAGGGCUACUUUUGUCAAGGACGUUGCCAACUAUUGGGUGAAAGUCAAUUCGUCUGUCGUGAACGUCGUUCCAUUCGUUAUGCCGUCCUCGGGUGUCAAUUUCGCUAGCACCAGCCCCUUGAUGGCGUUGCAUCUCUUGGCUCUGAUUGUCGGCAUGUUUUGAUUUUCAGCUGUCACUUUUUUGUUGUUGGUAGGACCUUUAGAAAUCUAAUUCUUGGCUACUAAAAUGUUUACGUGAUUGUUUUGUUCAAUGCCGAGUUAACUUAUAAAGUUUGAUUUAUGGUUCUAUUACGGUACGUGAUUCAUUAUAUUAAUUUCGGUCUUCUUAUUCUAUUUUCGAUUUUAAAACCCUUUGUAAGUGAAGACUACGUUACGUAUUUGAAAAUAGCAUGUCCAAAUUUCAUACCGUGCUACAGAUAAGAGGAAAUAAUUAUUUUAAUUUCGUCAUACCACUGUUACAUAGCACCUCAUAUAGCACAAUGGAAACAUGGAAACAGCACUUGCUAUUAAGAUAUUUUGCAUUCAUGUUUUCUUAGUAGUGAUCUUGUUUGUUGUCAGCAUAAUAGGUAUCAGUCAUACCCUCGUUGGUUGUCAGAAUGACUUCAUCAAUGGCAUGGAUAACUCCUUGGGAAGAUGAAAGGUCAGCCUUAACAACGUUGGCACCACCAAACGUGAUGCCGCCUACACGUUCGAAUCAGAAAAAUGUGUUACAAUCGAAGCAUUACAUCAUUUUGCGACUUAUUCGUCCUUACCGGGAGAUACAACAACGUCGACGGUACCGCCAGAAAAGACUGGGAUGGGACCAGUUGUGAGUCCUCGGCUGUAGAAAGUUCCGGAAACCCAGUGAUUGUUAAUCACUCUCCAUAAAAAUUCGUUUGGAUGGGUAAAAUAGUAGCCGAUCAAGUCGCGUGGAAGGCGUCUGAAAGCAUCGUCGGUUGGUGCAAACAGCGUGAAAGGGCCGGCUAAAAUCACGAAUUAAAUAAAACAAAUA